AGCCUUCCAAUAUCCACAGCAAAACAAUCUCCGUACUUGCAAAUAUGUCAGACAAACUCAUGGACACCGAGCCCGGCGGCGAGCGCCAGAACCAGUACGAAGGCGUUCACACCUUUGUCGAGCCUCACGCGAAGGAAGCUGGUCAACUAGGUGACCCCUCAACAGGCACCUCAGUGAACACCAAGACCUCCGACCCCGGCGCACCCAACACCCAAGGCAUUACCCCCGCGGACAAGAUCCGAUAUGGCCAGAGUAUCCAAGAAGGCGGUAUGGGUGGCAAGACAACAAGUUCAACGGGCCAGGCCAACGCGGAAGGCGGAUUCGGUGGUACUGAAGCAUUGAAGGACGAUGAUGAGAAUGCGGCGAAGCAGAGGAGAGAGCAGGGAUACGGUGGAGACAAGGACAUGGACAGGACUAUUGGCGCAUAGUGGCAGCAGGCCAGGCUUCACGAACAAAAGGACGCGAGGGAUGGAUGCACACCAACUAUGAUAGCUUGGAAGACAGGAG